UUAAUAUUCCAGUAUAUAUUACCAGGAGCGAUGCACCCUCCAGAGUUGAAGUCCAAGACCGGGCUAACGUGAAUGAACCCGAAAUCCAAACCUAACCUUUCUUACCUUGUAUUUUUUCCCUGGAUAGGAAGGCAACCCCCCUGUGCCCCCCAUUUAUUAGUACUUCAUGCCUGCUUAAAGAAAACAGGACAAAGAACUCUGGCUGUGUGAGGGUAUUGUGGACUUUUUGCCUAAACUGAUUAUUUCAUAGAUUAGCAAGUGUAGUUUUUCUUUUAUUAUUAUAGUGCCAUCACAUAUUUCUGUAAAUGUAUACUAAAGUAUUACAUGUUGCAAAACUUUCAUAUUAUGAAUUUGUGAAAAUAUACCACACAAUGUAAAUUGUCUUUUCUUUUUUUCUUUUUUUUUUUAUUACAGGCAAAUUUUACCUUGUACUAUAUGGCUUUGGGAAACUGAAACUAUCAUUAUCAUUCAUAUCUGCAGAUUAUUUCUAUAACUGCAACAGUUUGUCCUCUACAAGAAUAUCGGCUUCAAUUUUCCCUAGCAUAUCUGAUGCAAUGGCAGGAGGAGAACUUUCAGGUAUGGGAAGUUUAGAGGAAAUACUGAUGAGAGCCACUGAAGGUGAAAUAACAGAGAAUGAUCAUCUACCUGAGAGCUGUGGAGGUGAUGAAAGUGGAGAAACAUCACUAGUUUUACAAGAGCAAAGCACUAGGGAACCAGUACAAAUUUAUGCCAUUGAUAUGGACAUCAGUGAACGUAUGGGAACACUGAAGGCCCGAGCUGCUGAAGCAUUGCAUCUGGAUUUGCAGAACUGUAACGUGACUGUACUUUCAGAAAAGGAGCUGAGUGAUGAACAAACUCUGCAAGAACAGUGUGGAACAAGUACUGGCCUGGUACAGAUACAGUUUGUUGUGAAGAAUGACAGUGUGGGCAGUCGUAUUGACAUAUUAGAUGUUCUUAAGCCAAAUGAAGGUACAUUAAUAGACAAUUUCUUUUCAAUGUUAUUUUUGUUUGUAAUAUGUAUGUUACUUGAAGUAUAGUUAAGAUAAUUUUAC